CGUGGUUUGAUGUUCAAUUUCACCGUUAUGCCGUGGUUCAGUGCAACCGUCUGCAAAAAACGAUUCAAGUUCAGAUCAGUCUAGGAGAUUUGCACAGACUUUGAAAGCGCUGAGCGGCGGCGAGCGUUCGUUUAGCACCGUCUCGUUCGUCCUAGCUUUGUGGACAGUGAUGGACACACCUUUUCGUUGUUUGGACGAAUUUGACAUUUUCAUGGACAUCGUCAACCGCCGUAUGUCGUCACAGAUGCUGGUCGACUUUGCACUGAAUUCUUCAAAAUGCAGGCAGUACUUUUUCUUAACGCCUCUUGAAAUCAGGUACUGA